AUGGCUCAACAAUCGCGCAACCGAAGUCAAAAUCAUUUACGACAGCCGCAGUCUCUUGAAUCCCUCUAUAAAACCACUCAAAACUUCUGUAAUAGCAUUCAAAGAACACUAGAUACAGUAUGUCAGCAAUGCAUGCGUCUCCACAUCAAUGCGGAGGCCGAACGUAACAGUGAGGUUCUGGAGCGCAUAAAUGCAUUCAACGGUGAUUUGAAACUGGAUGCAUUAUCAGAUGUGCAGUGUCAACUGCUAGUUGAAGAUCUUGAUUUAAAUAUCAAUGAAAAUGUCGUGAUAGGAAUUGUUAAGUUACUUCGUGAUCUUGAACUCUUGCGGAAAAGUGCUGCUAUCUUCUUUUCGCUUUUCAGUAAGCGCCUCUCUUCAAUGCUGGAUAACGGUGUCUACGUCUUCUGUGUUAGUCUAAUCGAACUCACUCAAGUAAAUGUGAAUGAAGUUACCGAGUACAAUGAUUUCAUUUCCAAACAAAGGAGUGAACUUACCGAGGCUGCUAAUCGGAUCUGGCAGCACCGGGAUAGAUGGAAUAAUCUAACAAUGGACAUACAGUCGACGAUGAACAACUUGGAAGAACUGAGAGCCUGUUUAGAGGAUAUUCAGGGGGAAUGGAAUAAAAUAAAAGUGGAGACCAAUAAAUGGAUUAACCAGGACCGCGAAUAUCCGACCCGCUUGACCAAUUGCAUCAACCAACACCGGGAGACGAUGCAAGAUCUACUUCUUGAAAUUGAAGUGAUCUCUGAGUCAGAACAACAGAAAACAGAGGAACGUCGUCAUCGUGGACUCCGAAUGGAGGCUCUUCAGAAACGCCGCCGGGAACUGUGCAAUAAUCUGAGACUUCUCCAAAGAGGAGUAAUCGCUAAGGCCGCACGAGGUAAGAUUCCAUUUGAGGGGGUCUGCGAAUUCGUGGCUCUACGGGUGCGCCACGAGUGGCCACGCCUUUACCUCAAUUUGCCAAUGUGGCCGACGCGGAGCCUUAAUCAACGUCAGGAUGAUAUCACCACCCUCUUGGGCUUCGGGCGCAUGAAUGUGGUGCUUCCCCGUAACCGCACGCCUGUCGAGGACGCCACGGCGGCUCUCGAGAAAUGGCGUCUCCUCUCACGCCGCUACGUUGACGUCGACGGUCUGGCAACUGGCCUAACACUUGCCGGGUGGUCUGUCUGGGCUGAAGAUGUGCGCAGUCGGUUUGGUCAGGAGGCAGGAGCAGCAGCGGAGUCAGAGAAAGAAGCAUCAGAGGUGGUGGAGGAAGCAGCGGAUACACUAGCAGAAGAGAUAUUUGAAUCAGAGACAGAAGUGAAGAUAGAUUUGACAGUUGUUAACGAAGAGACUUGUUUAAAUGAGGAUGAAUGUGAAACUUCACCUAAAUCUCUGCACGAUAGGAGUUCCAAAAUUACUGAGCACCAGAACUGGAGUCGGGAUUCUAGCAUGCCGAAAAGUAUACACAAAAGCAGUGUUGAUGACGUGGAGAAACAGGUCUCACUUAAUGAUGACGAUCAGGAGUGUCUUGUUAAAUCAGACGGUAGCACCAUCCAAGAGGAUGAUGUGAUGGAGGCCCUGCACUUAGAAAAAGACGUCCUAGACCAAGAAAGUUGCACUAGUGAAGGGAUUUUAAGAAAGCCUUUUAUGCGCAGUAGCAGAUCUGGCAAUACUGAGCGUGAUGAUCUACCCAGCAACUCAUCAGAUAUUCCUUUGGAACAGGAGGAACUUGUUGAUAAGUCGAACCAUCUCAGUGAAAAGUACAAGGAGGAAGAUAGUUCCAACCACUCUUUGGAACAUAUUAGUCAUAAAAGCUCUUUCAGUGAAGAUGAAUCUGCAAAAAAGAAUGACAUUUCACAGCGAUUAUCCAGGCAUGAUAGCCAAAAGGAUGAUAAGGUAAAUACUCAGAACCAAGAUGCUAAUCCAUAUACGAGGGGGGAAUCGAGUAAGAAGUCUACUAGAAACGAUAGUCGGAAAUCACGCAAAGAUCCCAAGGUGGAGGAUUCUCUAAGGUCAGAAAAGGAUGAAGGAACAAUCUCCAGGAAAAAAACUUCGGAGGGCGACCAGGGUAGAACAAAAAAGAGCUCAACACAAAAAUCUUUGACGUCCAAGAAGGUUGAAAAACAAGAAUUUAUGGAAAGGCAUUUCGAAGACGAGGAAUCAAAGCAAAGUGCUUUUAUGAAAACUGUGGAAACAAAGAAAGAUGGAAAUUUUAAUGGUUGUUCACCUCCAAGUCUGACUAAGAUUGGUCGUUUUCAAACUAAAGAUGAAAAGAAUGAAAAUGAACAAGGCACACCAGAUGAUAAGGAGAAUACGGCGAUAUCGAAGAGUGGCUCGUUAAAAAGGGAUUAUAUGAUUGCUAGAUCAAAUGGACAAGUGAACCCUGAUCUGGGGAACAUGCAGGGAUUUGACAAUUUUUCGAAGUCAGAUGCUGAAACUGAUUUGGCUAAAGUUGAAGAUGAUGACUCUAAAUUUCAAGGCGAGCAACCUAUUAAAGAGGAUGGGAGCGCAAGAUUCGACAGUGCUUACAGUAAAAAACCCAGUCUCUCAGAAAGUGCUGACAAAGAUAAAGACAUUAGUGAGCAACUUUCAAAGGAGGAUGGACCUAAAGAAGCGUUGGUGGAGAACUUUCAAAAAUCACCACCAAAGUCAAAAGUUUCCUUGACAGAUCAACGCGUUCCAAAAAACCAAAAAAGUACGCAAUCCUUAAGGGACAAGAAAAAGCCACACAGAAUAUCGGGUAAAAAGGCGAUUGCUGGCAAUAAGCCGAAACAAGUAGAAAGAGGAGGACAUGGCGUAAAGGGCAGUACCUCAUCCGAGAAAGAACUCGAUAAACAAGUUGCUGGAACUAGUAUAGGAUUGGUUGUGUCAAGAAAAACAUUCUCGGUGACUGAAAGUAAGGAAAAGUUAAAGGAUGUGAAUGCGAGAGGCAGCGAAGGCAUGAAAUUGGGAAGCUGUCGCAUGGCCUCGAUUAUGGUACCAAGACGUUAG